CGACGCGGCAGAUCUUGCCGCUCUGCGUGUCGACGCGCGCCUGUACAGGCGAGGCUCCGAGAAGGCUCCAGGAAGGCUCCGAGCGGGGCUGCUGGAUCGCCGCUCCGCGUAGAGAUGGGGAGGGAUGGGGGAGGACGGCCGAGGCUGAGGUGCGAUAGCUGUCGAAGUUGGAAGACACGGGUCGGCGUUUCCGCAUCUAGGCCUCGAAAUCUGGGGAGACCUGGGGAGACCUGGGGAGACCUGGGGAGACCUGGGGAGACCUGGGGAGACCUGGGGAGACCUGGGGAGACCUGGGGAGACCUGGGGAGACCUGGGGAGACCUGGGGAGACCUGGGGAGACCUGGGGAGACCUGGGGAGACCUGGGGAGACCUGGGGAGACCUGGGGAGAUCUGGGGAGACCUGGGGAGAUCUGGGGAGAUCUGGGGAGACCUGGGGAGACCUGGGGAGACCUGGGGAGACCUGGGGAGACCUGGGGAGACCUGGGGAGAUCUGGGGAGAUCUGGGGAGACCUGGGGAGACCUGGGGAGAUCUGGGGAGACCUGGGGAGAUCUGGGGAGAUCUGGGGAGACCUGGGGAGACCUGGGGAGACCUGGGGAGACCUGGGGAGAUCUGGUGUCGACGCCUGCGAGAGGCCACGG